UUCCGCUUCCGGCCAUGAGGCGAUGGGCGUCUGGCAACAUCAAAGUCAGCAGAAGCUGCUGUUUGACGACCUCAAUAAUAUCUUCCCUAGCAAUUCCUCAAAAUAUCCGUACGAUCGGUCUGACAUAUUUUAGCGUCGUCUAAUGAAACACCCCACGGACUUGCGUUUCCCUCGCUCAUCCUCCACCGAGCACGGAAGGUGGGGACUGACCAGCGCCUGGAUGCGAGUCUGAGCUGCAGGGGGCAUCCUCGUCCGCCAGCGGAAACACUCCGGCUCAUCGUCUAUCCCCAGCCGUACUAUUGAGCCGCUUGAGGCAUUUCCUGCACAAGGCUUGUAGUCGCGUUUAGGCGGAUAGAGAGGAGGAGGAGGAGGAGGAGGAGGAGGGGGUGAUCGCGGAGAGGGAGGAAGGGGUGAGCAGAAAGGGAGGGCGCGAGAGAGAGUGAGCUGAAAGGAGGGAGCGGAUGAGGUGUAGGGUCUCCCAAGCCCGUAGUAAAUCUAUCUAGUUCAGAACACACAGAGAAGUCCGAAGAAAAUAAUACGAGCAAGAAGAGGACGCGGAUUCCUUUAUUCAGCUGCUUUUCGGAGUACAGAGGCCAGGGCGAGGCAGCUCUAGAGGGAUUAAAAUCCGAGAUCGCUUAUCAAAACGGAUGCAUGUUACAGCGAAACGCUCGGACUGAAGUUGGAGAUUGAAUAAGAGGAGGGGAAAGCGCGUUACAUCGCACGGGAGCGCGGAUCGAGGCGAAGGCGCAACCCCCGCACUGCUGCUCGAGCUCGGAGCACCAUGAAGCUGCCCUGCUGGAUGGCGCUGGCGUCGCUCCUCCUGGCGCUGGGAGACCUCGCGUUGGGUCAAAGUCUGUCACCCGUCAUGGAGGGCCGGCGACCCGCUGACCUCGAGGGUUCUGGGAAUGACGAGUUCUUCGACGAUGAAGACCUGUUCUCUGGCUCCGGAUCCGGCUUGCCCACCACGCAAGCCACCUCCCCCGCCCCCUCAGCCCCGCCUGCCGCCGAGCCCAGUGGCGGCCCCGGAGACAGCGCCACCCAGUGGGAGAGGGAGAGCUAUGUGGAGCAGGAGAGGGAAAAGGAGAGGGAGAUGGAGAGGGAGAGACAGAUGGAGAGAGAGAGACAGCGGGAGAUGGAAAGAGAGAGACAGAGAGAAUUGGAGAGAGAGAGACAGCGGGAACUGGAGAGAGAGAGACAGCGGCAAAUAGAGAGAGACAGACAGCGGCAGCUGGAGAGGGAAAGAGAGAGGGAGCAAGAAAUGGAGAGAGAGAAGAAAAAGCUGGCAAGACUGCCCCUGACCACGGAUUCUCCCAGAAUUCAUGCUGCUGUUCCCAUGGCGACGACCAGUUUUGCGACAACGCCGGUGCAAACCACAGCACUUUCUGCCAUGGAGGAGUUCACCUCCAGCGGGAAGGAUGAUGACGAUAUGUUCAUCCCCGUGGAUCCCACAGAGACAGAAGCUCCCACGCAGGCCGCCUCGGAAGCUGCCACCUCCGCUACGACCGCCGCCACCACCCCCGCCCACACUGAGGCCCAAACCACGCCCCCCAGCACCACGCCCCCCAGCACCACGGCUCAGCGGCCACACCGGCCUCAGACCGUGCCCACGACGAGCAGAACGCAGCCUCCACCCACCUCCACGGCCCAGCCCCAGACUCCUGACCAGGGGCUCAGCAAUGAGGUGGCCGGAGCCGGGCCCAGCGGCGAUUCCGAGAUCGUGGAAGGCGAUGGUCACCAGAGCAACGAGGUGGGCCCAGGCAGCAGAGGCGUGGCCGACGGGGGGGCAGAAGCAGACCUGACAGGAAACACUGUGGACACAGGAAGCUCCGCGGCACAGCUGCCCCAGAAGAACAUUCUGGAGAGGAAGGAGGUCCUCAUAGCGGUGAUCGUGGGCGGCGUGGUGGGGGCCCUGUUCGCCGCCUUCCUGGUCAUGCUGUUGGUCUAUCGCAUGAAGAAGAAAGACGAGGGCAGCUACACACUGGAGGAGCCCAAACAGGCCACGGUCACCUACCAGAAGCCCGACAAGCAGGAGGAGUUCUAUGCAUAAGACUGGCCCCGCCCCCUUGCCCCGCCCACCCCGAUCCCUCCCCUCCUCACCAAUUUCCGCUUCCCUCCGUUUCCUCCCCCUGCCCCGCCCCCGUGUCUCGUCUCUCUGAGAGUGCCUACAGGACCUCUCCAUGAACGCUGGACUUCACUGUCGCCUGAAAGAAAAGUAGAAACGGGAAAUAAAAAUGUAAAAGCGCAAGGUGAAGAAGAAAGUCACUGCGAUCAAACACACAGGAAACGCAGAGUACCGCUUUGUUUGUAAAGUAAAGUGAUUCUUAGUAUUAGUAUGAUAACGAUCGGUAAUGACGAUUUUUGUAGAAGCUGUAAUGCCUGGGCAGUUUGGUUGGUAUGUGCUGGUCUCUGGCAGCACAGGGAGCGGCAGAGAGAGGUGGAGAGGGAGGAGAGCACAGGUCACAAGCAGCAGCGUCAUGUGCACCGGUCACGCAUGGUGAGACACACACACACACACACACACACGCUCCAAGGCGUGCCUUUCAUUGGAAGGUGCCACGUGGGCCGCUGUAGUGAUCUGCUCGACGUGUGUGUGUGUGUGUGCGUGUCUACAUACUAGCAAGACUGCUGUUAGUGUGUGAGGUUACACGUGUCUGCAUGUGUGUCACGAGGGCACGUGUUCCGUGCACAAACCAGCUGAGGGCGGCAACGGGCAUCCACACAUACUGCCCACUGGAGGCGCAAAGCCACCAGCUCCAAGACCACUAAUUACACACACACACGUCCGCACACGCGCUCUCUCGCUCACUGCUUCCCCGCACCAGGCUGCAUAAACCUCCCUUAUGCACCGGUCUGCGUUGCCUGGCCAAAGACCUAACAGUAACAAGACCCGUGACACUGCAGGCAUGAUUCAUUUGUAGCCUUAACCCUGCGUCACAGAACCAGAACGUUCCUCCCGAGCAAGCGAACAAUGCAGCGGCAUCAGGGGCGCAACUUUCACCGGUUACGCUGCCGUUCCAGUUACCAGGGACACGCUGCAAAUCAAUGUCCCUCGCUGAUCUUUCCUAAUCAAAGUGGAUUUUACACCUGUGCAGUCAUUCUAAUUCAUGGGCAUAAACAGAGACCAGAGGCUGGAUCUCUAACAUAGCAAUAGAUAUGACAGCAGAGUCCGGGGGUCUUGCUACAAUAGUAGCCACGAAGUCUUUGGCUCAGCGAUGCCCCCAUUACGCCUGUCCCCAGGGAAAGGAGGCCACGCCCCCGGUGAUUAACAGGAUGGGGGGCGCUGCGUCUUCGAUCGAUUCCGGAAGGUUCUAAUUAGCUGGGAUUCCUGUUCAGGGCUGAGCCGGAAAGUCUCCCGUCUGCUCUCGGAGCUUUCCCAGCUACCCAGCCCUGCUGAGAUGUGUGAUCAAUAGUAAUAAUGACUGGUGAAAUACCAAGAUCACAUGAAGGAAACGUUUAAAAAGUAUAAUAUAACCGGAAGCGUUUAUAUAGCUGUGCAGGAAAGUUUUAUGAUGUAAAUAUCUUCAUUUUAUUUUCUUUUUUUAUGUACUCAUCUUUUGUCCCUGUAUGUCCCUGGGGGGCAUAGGGCAGUUUUCACCCGUCUGAGUAUGUGCCCUGCCCCACCCGCAUGUAACAGAAAUACACACUGUACGACAUAUCUAUCACCACCAUUAUUGGCAUCAUCUUCCUCCUUAUCAUCAUCUUUGUGAGAUGGGUAUCAGCAUAUCUACAUCUGUGUGUGUGUGUGUGUGUGUGUGUGUGUGUGUGUGUCUUUUGUUCUGUCAUCUAAGCACAAGUGUUUGUUGGUCCAAAAGCGGCUUGUGGUUCUGUUUUAACACCCGAACCGGCGUCGCCUGCCACACUGCACCUGGCCCUCCUUGCCAACACUGCCCCCUACCUGCAGCACGUCGCUCAAGCCGCCAGGGCUCGCGUGUUUGGGGAACCUUUGGGUAACAUUUGAGCAACGUUUGACCUGGGGGGGGGCUGGCUGGGUGUAACAUUUUCUUUCUACUAUGAAGACUGUAACACUAUCUACAACAGUACACCAGUACUUCUAGCUUAUGAAUAUUAUACUUAGCACUGUAGGCAAAUGUUAGUGUGAGUUUCAAACUGCCCGUAUGAAUGUGAGGAUGAAGGCUGUCAUGUGACCCUAACCCACCCCCAGACCACCUGAUGUCAGGGUGUGCCAGUUAAUCCAGGUGUACGUAUCUCCCCCAGGUGUGUAUGUGUGUGUAUAGGUGCAUGCUAGCGUGAAGCGCACAUGCUAGUGUGCCAUUUGGUUACCCAUAUGGACAAGGGGAGUUUACUACUGAGCUGGCCUCCCGCUACAGGCCCGGCCUUGUGACAUCAUCAGCAAGCGCCACCCAGUCCCUGUAUACCCUACCUGCCAUCUCGGUUGUACCCACACUGCACUCCUCUGCAGACUCACACUCACCCAUCCACACCUGGCCAAUGCCUCACUUGUGCAGAGAUGACUCCACUGUGGAAAGGAGCCCCCCCCCCCCCCCCGACCGUCAAUAAUCCCCUGUAGAGUGCGUCACGCGUGUCUCUGCCCUGUACAGAAUUUUACCAAAAUUAACACUUUAGAAACAAAAUAUUCGGUUUAUAUAAAUCUGCAGAGGUAUGACAGAACUUUUUUUUCGUAGCAAACAAUGAACUCUUGGUGUUUGCUAUUUUUUCUAAGGUACUGUUGAAAUCUGUAGGCGUUUGUACCCAUUUGAAACUGAUUUUAGCCAAAUAGACAAGGUAGUCUCAGAGUGCCAAGAGUAGGCAGGCGUCCGCUGAGACUAAAUCAGAAAUAUUCUUUCUGUAGCCCAUUGUGUUUUUAUACAUUUGCAUUUUUAACAUCUGAAUCUGUUCUAAUGCUGCGUCUGUCUGUCUGUGAGGAUGGUUCUUAUCUGCAGAAUGUGAGUCUGUCACUAAUCUGCCACUCUGUUCUAAAUAAAAGGCCUGAUUGGCUAAACCCUG